UCACUAAGACGUUAUCCUGCAGGGGGCGGUACUGUUUAUUUCAUCCUCUAGUCUUCGCGGAAGGAAAUGAUUGUAACACCCGCCAAACGUCAUUUUGUUGUGUCUCGGUUUGCUAGCUGCUGAUGGCUACUAAUACCAGCUUAAGGAAGCGAGAUGAAAACAGGCCGGAAACGGAAGUCCAGCUCUCCAGAGCCUACACAUGCAAAAGUAGCCAAGAGGGAGCCAAGAGUCUAUGCUGAAAGCAGACUGACCUUCAGUCCACAGAAGAUUUUCACUCCCAGCAAAAGAAAAGUUCCAAAAACAUCUUCUCCUAGAAGGCAUUCAUCAAGAUUUAAGUGUCAUGGCCAAGAAACAGGUAAUGCUGAGAGUGAGCUUGACAUGGUACGGUCCCCCAGCUGUCUGGAGUCGUCCCCCCUUCAGUCAGAGGUGGACACAGAGCUGGGACUGGUCAUCACACUGGAUGAAGAGGGAACCGGGGAACCAGAGCAGCUGAGGAAAAAGAGUGGAGGAAAACUGAUGAAAGAAUUGCUAACAAAUGAUUAUAUAGAAAUGGCAGAUAAUGAGAGAGAUGCUAAAGAAUCCAAUCUGGAUGAGGACAGUGAGGAAGAGUUCAGAAAACUGGACCGGGACUUAGCCAUCAAGUCCAAACAGCACAACCUGACUUCAGUCCACGUGCGCAGCAUCAUUCAUGAGGUGAUCACCAAUGAACACGUAGUAGCCAUGAUGAAAGCUGCUAUCAGAGAGACCCAGGACAUGCCCAUGUUUGAGCCCAAAAUGACACGUUCAAAGCUCAGAGAGGUUGUUGAGAAAGGGGUGGGAAUUCCCAGUUGGAAUAUCUCACCUAUCAAGAAAUCAAAAGAAAUAAAGCAUCCUCAAUUUGUGGACAUUCCUCUUGAGGAUGAGGAAGACUCUUCAGAUGAAGAGUAUUAUCCUGAUGAGGAUGAAGAGGAUGAGACUGCAGAAGAGACUAUCCUUGAGAGUGACUUGGAUAGCAUAGCCUCAUCACCACGUAUCAGUAGACGAGCUUGCUCUUGCACACCCGUAGAUCUCUCAGAGUGUGAUGAACAAAGAAGCAACAGUCCACGAAUGAAGCCAAGGCACUUGAGAGUAGAAGCAGUGCCUAUGGGCCCCCCUGCUCCACCCUCCCAGUCUGGUGUCCCCUCUCGGCCCUCAAGGGUACUUGAUUCAUUUAUGGAGAAACUGCAUGCUGUGGAUGAAGAGCUGGCGCUCAACCCCCUCUGCAUGGAGCCUUACCAGUCUCUGAGUAAUGAGAAUGCUGAGGAAAGCUUGGUGGCAUGCCGGACACGAUCCAAGCGUCCGUUGAGGGAUGUCCCAUUGAACCAGCUGGAGGCUGAGCUUAAGGCUCCUGACAUCACACCAGACAUGUACGAUUGUGUCUCAGCACUAGAAGACAAAGAGUGGAGCCACUGGCUACAGGGCCUCAUGACAUCACACCUGGACAAUGAAGAAGAGGCUGAUGAUGAUGAUGAUCCUGAAUAUAACUUUCUUGAUGAUCUUGAUGAGCCUGAUUUAGAGGACUACCGCAACGACCGUGCAGUUCGCAUUACUAAGAAGGAAGUUAAUGAGCUAAUGGAGGAGCUAUUUGAGACGUUCCAGGAUGAGUUGGGAAUAAAUGAGGACGAAGAAACCCAUGAGGAAGAUGAGGAGAGGGGAAAAGUGUCCUCACAAAGUGUCGCCAAAUUCAAUGUCCCCCAAGCCAUUCGAUUUGAGGAGCCGCUGGCUCAGAUGUUGACCGUGUGCAGGCGUACAGUUCGUGAGCAGCUAGAUGCUCUCCAGCAGCGUCGAGAACACCAGAGUCGACCUCAACACAGUGCACCAGGGCCUGCCAUGCUCCUCGUCCCUCCUCCCUGUACCUUGAUGGUGACACCUAAUCAGAAACAGCAGCUGCAACAGCAGGUCCAGCAGCACGUCCAGUUGUUGACGCAGGUGAACAUGCUGUGUAGCCCUGUUGAGGCACUACAGAGCCAAGCCACCAUCACCAAGCUCUUCCUGACAGAGUUGCAGUCAUUUGCAGAGCGGGCAGAGCAGAUGAGAACAGUGGUUCAGCCUGGGUUCAAAAGCGCGUUCCGGGUGUGUAACCUGCAGCCAUCUCUGGAACUGCUGGAAGAGCUGGAGAAAACAACCUCUCCACCCAUUCCUCCACCCAAAAGUACACAAUCGCCUGCUGUGCAUCGCUACCCAUUUCUCCCAGCUCACCUGGCCUGGCUGUUUGCCACUAGGUCAGUGUUCUUGUAUCCAGAGUUACUGCCCCAUUGCAGCCUGGACCCUGCCCUGCAACCCCCACGCAGCAAAACUAUUUACACGAAAGGAGAGGAUGGUCUGAUUGUUCUGGGACUGAAGCAUUUUAGUGAGACUGAAUUCCCCUACCACUUAAUGAGUCAGUAUCUCAUUCAGCCUAAGAGGGUGGAGCAGCUACGGGCUCGUGUGAAAGACAUGUGCUCGAGCAGGGCUACAGACAACAUCAUCAAGUUUUACUGUCAGCACCAUGCAGUUCCGCCUCUACCUGUGGCCUGCCGUCCAGUUGUCCCAGGUGAAGAGCGCCCACCUGUGGAGAGAGAGAAGAACAUCAUGCCAAACUGGCUUUGGAAAAGUUUGCCAUACAUACAUAAAGCAGUGUUUGAGAGACAAUCAGAAGAGACGACAUCAUUUGAUAUAAGGACGACAAUUGCUUCACCUCCUCUCCCCACCUUUCCAGAGGGAACACAGUAUCCACUGUACCUCCCUAAAGGUUUAACUCUGCAACUGCAUCCUUCAGCCAAGCGUCAAAGUUCGGUUCGACCAUCCAAGCCCCGUCCUCUGCAUGGUUUUGCACGUUCUGCUUCCACUCCAUUAGCAAAGGCCCCUUUAUGCCCUAUUAGUACAGUUAAUUUAUUGUCCCCAGUCCCAGCUCCCCUCCCCUCUCAAGGAGUAAUACUGUUGACUCAGAGCCCCUUAAUUCCAGUGAAUGAGGCUCUCCCAGUGACCCAGGUAAACACAACCCCUGCUCAUGGAACAGUGCCAUUAAACUCUGUUGGUCCUGUUAACUUCCAGUAUGUUGUUCCACAGCAGGCCUGUGUUAACCCCAUAGAGCCUCCUGCUAGUUUGCCCCCAGCUACAGUUCAGAUACCUUCAACUCUAGCUGUAUCCUGUAAUAGGCCUCUCCCCAGUAAUGGGGUAGGUAAGUGCAUAAAGCUUUUGCAGAAGAAAGCAGAAUUACCUAGGAAACAAAUCAUGCCUAGAAAACUGCUUCCCAUUCAGCCUCCCCUGUUUAAUUCAAUGGCACCAACUGUCACAUCUGCUAACUUUAUAGAAAACAGCUCAAAUCCUGCUCCAUCUGUGGUCAUCAUCCAGCCUUCCUCCUUACUGGAUACUCCUUAUGUCCAUCCACCAGUAGACUCACAAGGAUUGGUCAAGUCCUCUACCACUCCACCCCAUCAGGAUUCAUUUACUCAAACAGUCAAUGGUCUCCCUGACCCAGGAACACUGUCCAGGCCACCGCUGCCUAGCAACAGUGUGAGAAUGUCAAGCCCAGACACUAAUAAGGAGCCAGCAGACAGCAAGUUUAAACGAAAGAAUAGUCCUGUGUUUAUUUCAAAUACCCCUUCUCCUCCACUUCACACGACUGAAAGCCUCAAAUCAAGCCCUAGCGUGCAAAGCGUGGGCAAUCAGGAACAGUCCUGGCCCAGAGUGAAAGGUGAAUUUGCAUGUGAUGCACUAGUGUCAAAUCACCAAAGCAACCCUUUGCCAGACACUGUAGUUAAUAGCACAAUCACUACAAAUCUCAACUGUGGUUCAGUAGCGCCCAGAAGUAGAAGUAUUAGAGUUACACCACCCAACACCAACCUCUCGGCUCACUGUGAUUUACCUGCAGACAAUUCUCAGUAUAUAUUACUUCAAGCAGCUUCACAGGUGGGCAUACCACAAUCCUUUCUAAUGCCCAAAACCAGUCUGAUCCCAAAUCAGCCUCAGUUGCAUUCUGCUAGAGGAGAAAGCAAAGUGCCUCAGCAAAAAACUACAGUUUACAGCUCUGAGACUUUUUGUACACCAAGCAUGCCAAAUGUCAGAGAAGACCAUUUAUCACUCCUUACUGUUGGACUGCCUUUGGAAGGUACUAUAAGCCAAGCCCCAGAUCUACCAAGCAAAGAUAUAGGUGAUGAGGAGUUGUGGAAAGAGGAUAUGGAGGCAGGAGCAAAGGUAGGUGGAGAAGAUCUGGCAAGCACUCUAUUUGCAAGCCCCCUUCUUACGCUGUCUGAGUCCUCCUGUAGCCCAGACUCCAAUUUGAGCAGUAUCGGCCAUAUGGACUGCAGUACAGAGACAUUAGAGAAUAUCAUGGAGGACAGCCCAAACACUGGAAGACAGCACAGCAGCCACUUUAGUAAAGAGAGUGAUGGUGGGAGCACUCAUGCCCCUGCUAACUCACACAGGAGUGAAGGACAAGUUAGCAGUACAGGUGAAGUACCAGGACUGCUCACUUUUACCUCUGGUGCUGAAAGCAAGGAACCUCUUGGGGGAGGAAGGGGGUUGAACAAGGGAGAUGGAGGAGAGGAGGGAGAAGGGCAUCAGAAUGAAGAAAGAGGUGGAGGUGAAGAGAAGGAUGCAAAUGAUAAAAGUGAGAAGAGAGGAGAUGGGGAUGGUGGGAGAGAGAGCCAGGGGAAUGGAGGAAGGGAUAGAAAUGAUGAUGAGAAGGAUGGAGAUGGAGAGCGUGAAGAGGAAGAGGAGGACUUUGAUGAGCUCACACAAGAUGAAGAUGAGGAGGAAGUGAUGUCAUCAGCAUCAGAGGAAUCUGUUCUUUCAGUGCCUGAACUGCAGGAGACAAUGGAGAAGCUGACUUGGCUGGCAUCAGAGCGGAGGUUAUGUGGGGAAGGGGAUUCAGAGGAGGACAACUCUCCAAACUCUCCCACCUCCCCCACCUCACCCACCUCGCCAAUCUCUCAAAACUCACAGGAGGAGAACACAGAAGAUGAGGAGGAUGGGGCAUUGAAGGGUGAAGAGCUAGAGCCCACAGAGGGAGAGGGAGGAAAACUCCCUGAAGGAGAUGCACCUCAGGAGGAUGACCCUCCACAGAACAGUGUGAAAGGAGCAGGACGUGGUAGAGGUCGUGGUCGCCCUCCACCCCGCAGUCUUAGGAAAAGCAGACGACAGGAACGGAGAAGCAAGGACACUUCAAAACUCCUCCUGCUCUAUGAUGACCACAUCCUGGAUAAUGAUCCGAUGAGGGAGAGCAAGGACAUUGCUUAUGCCCAGGCCUACCUCAACAGGGUGAAAGAGGCCUUGCAGGACACUCCAGGCAAGUUGGAGGAAUUCUUGAGUCUGCUAUAUGAAUUUGAGCAGGGAAGCGAGAGUCGUAGUGCUGUUGAGCUCUUCUGUGAGCUGAAACCUCUGCUCAAAGACUGGCCAGAACUGCUGAGGGACUUCGCUGCUUUUCUUCUUCCAGAGCAGGCUCUGGAGUGUGGCCUGUUUGAGGAGCAGCAGGCUUUUGAGCGUAGCAGGAGGUUUCUGAGGCAGCUGGAGAUCAGUUUUGGGGAAAAUCCUUCUCACUACCAGAAGAUUGUGAAAGCUCUUCAGGCUGCAUCUGCUCCCACACCUGCAGGGGUAGAAGAGCUCAAAACACAGAUGGCCACCCUCCUUAAAGGUCACACACACCUGCAGGGAGAGUUCUCUGUAUUUUUUGAUGAGCUCCGUCCACCACCAGCACGUCCGGGACAGUUUGAGGAAGCAGUCUGGCCUGAGGAUGGAGGGAACAUGACAGAAGGAGGUGAUGGAGUGAGUCUGGGGAGUGGUGGGUUUGAGGAAGUCACACUCCCUGAUCUGGAGGAGGAAGAGGAAACACCCAAAAUUCCCCAGAUAACAGGAAAGAGCAGGAAAAGAAAAGAGCUAGGCGCACACAGGAAAUACAAGCAGGCUUGUGAUUGGCCAGAGAAGCACUGCCCCUGCCACUGCCAUUUCUCUGAUCAUGAUGCUAAGCAUCGCCGACACAAGAGGAAAGGCUGCCCUCGCUGCCAUGGCAUCAAGGGCACUGAUGGCUCCAGGUCGCAGAAGACUGGUGAUAACUCUUUCCCCACAGCAGACCCUCAACCUGAGAAGCAGGAAGAAAGGGACAAAUCUGAAAAAGGAGUAGAGGAAGAGAAAGAGACAGAGACAGAAGUUAAAGACGAGUCUGGUAGCUGGGCAAACAGUCCACAUCAUGAGCCAGAAGGACAAGCAUGGGAGUGCAUUAAAGCAAACCCUUUGGCCAACCCUGAAGAAAGGGAAGAUGAGGAGGAGCAGGAGGAGCAGGAGCAGGAGGAGGAAGAGGAGGAAGAGGAGUGGAAGGAGGGAGAGAGGGAAAACUGUUCCUCUCCCAGUAAGUCUAUAAGGGAAGAAGAGGUUCCAGCUGCUGAAGAUUCGGACACACUUCUUCUUCCUCAGUUGGGAGCAAGGGAGAUGGCACAGCAGAGCCGUCAGAGUCCCUCAUCUGAAACACCUGUCUGUGCCAAGAACAUCUCCCUUACUCCCAGUGGAGAGAAAGUCGUCCUUUGGACCAGAGAGGCAGAUCGGGUCAUUUUAACAGCCUGUCAGCAGCAAGGGGCCAAUCAGAGCACCUUCCAGUCUGUGUCAGCACAGCUUGGCAACAAAACUCCCAGUGAGGUUUCCAAGAGGUUUCGGGACCUGAUGCGUCUGUUUCAUACCUCAGCUUGUCAGGCCAGCUCAGAUGAGGAGGCCACUGAACAGCAGUCAGCUACUGACGAGGAGCAGGACUAACACACUCCUCUCAGAAGCUACACUUGUAGACAACGUGACUACAGUAACCAUGGGAACACAAUGAGCUAUGGAAGUCACAUGCUAAACUUACAUAGCUGAAUUUAUUAGACAAACUGCCAUCAACCUGAUUGCCCUUCAGGGACAUGGUUUUAUGGCAGUCCUGAAAAUGAGCGUGCUUAGGUUCAGAAAUUCAACUAAUUUAUCACCAGCUUAUGAACUGAGAAUGGCAGCUACUUGUUCCAUUAAAUUGGAAAGACUGUUUUUGUUUUGUUUUUGUUUUGUUUUUUUACAUUUGCUUCACAGUGGGCAUAUUGUAUAUAUUAUAAGUUUGGGCAAGUCCCAAAUAUGUACAGUAUUUUUUACGUAAGAAGGUGGAUUUUUUUUCCUGUAUGUUUGAGGUUUUGAUGAAAAGAAAGUAGGAAAUUUCCUUGUCUAUGAAGAAUUAAUAAAAGUCUUCUCUGUAUAAGAAAAA